AUGGCUACUUCGAACGUCGCGAGUUUGGAGCUGGCUGCUAGCCUGGCGUUGCCGUCGAAGAGCUUCGAUGGUCCCAACGCUUCCGGCGAUGUCAAGACUGCGAAUGUUACCGAGGCGGGUGAGCAGGAUGAUUCGUUUGCGGAGAAACCGAAGGAUGUGGAGAAUGUCGACGAGACGCAGCCCGCUGGUCUCAGGCAGAUGCAGGCCAUCACCAUGACCUGGUCAAAGAAGUGGCUCAUCACUGCGUACUGCUUAAUCUGGCUCAUCUCCUUCACCAACUCCCUCCAGCAGCAAAGCAACUUCUCCUGGACCCCCUACGUGACCAGCGAGUUCCUGUUUCACGGGCUCACGGGCAUCACGGGCAUCGUCGCCAACCUCAUCGGCGGCGUGUCCAAGCUGCCGCUCGCCAAAUUCAUCGACCUCGUCGGCCGCCCCCACGGCUUCUUCAUCUGCCUCGUCUGCGUCGUCCUGGCCCUCGUCAUGAUGGGCGUGUGCCAGAACGUGCAGACCUACGCCGCCGCCCAGGUGUUCUACUGGACGGGCAUGAAUGGUAUGGAUUACGUGCUCGAUAUCUUCAUUGCGGAUACGUCGGAUUUGCGGAACCGCGCUAUUUGGCUGGCGUUCGCGACGUCGCCGUAUAUUGUUAAUACGUUUGCGGGUCCGAGGCUCGGACAGCGGUUUUUGGAUGAUUCGACGUGGCGGUGGGGAUACGGUGCUUUCACGAUUAUCACGCCGUUCAUGUGCAUUCCGUUCUGGCUUAUCUUCUAUAUCAUGAGCCGGCGUGCGAAGCAACAGGGUGUUGUUGCGAAGGAGAAGAGCGGGAGGACGUUCGUGGAGUCUGUCAAGUACUACUUCAUCGAAUUUGACGUCAUCGGCCUACUCCUCAUCUGCGGCGGCUUCUCCAUCUUCCUGCUGCCCUUCAGUCUCGCCGCCUACCAAGCCGACGGCUGGCGCUCGCCCACCAUAAUCUGCAUGAUCGUCUUCGGGCUCGUCCUGCUCGCCCUCUUCGCAGCCUGGGAGCGCUUCUGGGCGCCCAAAACCUUCUUCCCAUUCCACCUCCUGACCGACCGCUCCGUGAUCGCCGCCUGCCUGCUGGGCGCAAACUCGUGGAUCGCCUUCUACUCGUACAAAAUGUACUACGCCUCCUACCUACAGGUCGUGUUCGGCCUGUCCGUCGCGAAAGCCGGGUACAUCACGAACAUCUUCAACAUCGUGUCGUGCGCGUGGGGCGUGCUGUUCGCGUUCGCGAUCCGCCACACGGACCGCUACAAGUGGGCGGCCGUGGCCGCGCUGCCCGUGCAGAUCCUCAUGACGGGCUUGAUGGUGCACUUCCGGCAGCCGGGGACCCGCAUUGCGCUGCUGGUGCUCGUCGAGGUGCUGGGCGCCAUGUGUGGCGCGAUGAUGGUCGCGGUCGAGCAGCUGGCUGUCAUGGCGGCGGUGCCGCACGAGAACGUGGCCGUCGGGCUCGCGCUGCUGGCCAUGGUGACUAGUAUCGGCGGGAGUGUGGGACAAACUGUUAGUGCGGCGAUUUGGACGCAGACCGUGCCGCGCAAGAUCGCGGAGUACUUGCCCGAGGAGCUGAAGGGGCAAGCGCCGGCGUUGUAUGCCAGUCUGGUGACGCAGUUGGCGGCGCCGUGGGAGAGUGCAGAGAGGCAAGCGGUGGUUAGGGCGUAUGGGGAUGCGCAGCGGUUGAUGAUCAUCGUGGGGACGUGUGCGCUGGUGCCGUGUAUUGUGUGGGUGGCGAUGCUGAAUGAUUAUAAGCUGAGUGAGCGCGGGACGAGGAAGGGGCUGAUUAUGUAG